AUGUCGCAACAUCGUAUCGCGCCGUAUGGCCAUUGGAAGAGUCCAUUGACUGCCGAGGGUCUUGCAACAUGCAGCAUCAUGCUCAACGAGGUCGCUGUCGAUGAGACAUCUGGGGCAAUUUAUUCUGUGGAAUGUCGCCCAGUUGAAGACGGCCGGGCAGCGAUAGUAAGACAUGGCAAAGAAGGUCAAAGCAAGGAUGUCCUCCCGAAAGAGCUCAGUGCUCUCGCGACAGUCCAAGAGAUGGGCGGCGGAUCAAUCGCGAUGAGACCAGACGGCCAAGUGCUUUUCUCCGAUGAAGAAUCUUGCAAUAUCUAUCUUUUGGACCCAACAUCAUCCGAAGUCGCCCUGGUUCUGCCAGCAGAGAAGGGCAUUCGCUACGCCGAUUUCUCGUCGCAUCCGACAAACCCGCGAUGGGUCAUCGCCAUUAAGGAAGAUCAUCGCGAAGCAACCCCAGAAACUCAGGCCACCAACGUUCACAACACUUUGGUGGCUAUUGACGUCAAACUCGAUCCAGAAGAUCCGAAGAAGGAGAUCACAAUCGCCCAUGGUGAUGAUUUCUACUCUCAUCCCAAGUUUGAUCCUUCCGGCAAGUACGUUUCUUGGAUACAGUGGACUCAUCCCGACAUGCCAUGGACAGGGACUGUACUCUACGUCGCUGAAUGGCAGGAGUGCUCUCUUGUCAAUGUCACCCGAAUCGCUGGCAAAGCACAGGAGGAAAGCAUCGCUCAACCCAAGUGGGGUCUUGACGGCAACCUGUUUUUCGCGAGCGACAAGACCGGGUUUUGGCAAUUGUACUCGUAUGACAUGGAAAGCUGUCAGACUCGAGCCAUCACAGUCAGUGGGAUGGAACAUUCGGACUUUGCCGUUGCAGAAUGGCUGGUUGGAGAAUGCACGUAUGUACCUCUCGACGAGAAGAUCAUUGCUGCCACCGUGAUCACCCACGCCACAAGCAAGAUUAUACUCGUGGAUACUGCUACCUGCUCGGCGCAGAAACUUGACCUCCCCUAUGUGGAUGUGGACUCAAUUACUCGUAUAUCGCCAACCAGUUUCGCGGUUGUUGGGUCGUCGAAGACUUCACCACAGGAGCUGUCGCUUGUCUCAUUCAACUCUUCUCUUGAAGUCAGCAGAAAAGUUCUCACAUCCACUGCAUCAUUCGAGCUGGGCCCCGAAUUUGUUUCGAUCGCAACAGAGUACACAGCCCCCCAAAAGUAUGGCCCGCUUACUGACGGCGAGGUGCACAUGUUCUUUUUUGCGCCGCGAAAUCCUGACUAUCAGGCCGAAGAUGGCGCGCUGCCUCCUCUUUUGACAUACGUCCACGGCGGCCCCAACGGAGCCGUGACCCCGGCGCUCUCACUCGAAAUCCAAUACUGGACUACCCGUGGCUUCGCUGUAUGUGCUGUCAAUUACACUGGAUCUGUUGCCUUUGGGCGGGAAUAUCGAGAGCGGUUAUCUGGCUAUUGGGGCCUGGUCGACGUCGGCGACGCAGUCAGUGCUGUCGAGUUUCUCGCAAACAAAGGUUUGAUUGACGGCAACCGGAUUGGAAUCUAUGGCGGCAGUGCAGGAGGGUACUUGACCCUUCGGGCACUCCACAUGUACCCUGAAACAUGGGCGGCGGGGAUCAGCUCCUAUGGCAUCAGCGAUGUGAAAGCUCUGCAGGCUGACUCUUACAAGUUUGAGAGCCAAGAUGUGGAUCGUCUUCUCCUUAGCAAGACCAAGCCUGAAGAAUGGGAGACAGAGCUCAAGAGCCGCAGUCCAUGCUAUUUUGCAGAGCAGAUGAAGGCCCCCUUGUUGAUGUUGCAAGGAACUGAGGACAAGAUUGUUCCAAUUGCCCAGGCCAGGAUGAUGGCGGAGGCCAUGCAUUCAAAGGGAAGAGUGGCCGAGGUCGUUGAAUUUGAAGGCGAGGGCCACGGAUGGCACGGCAAAAAAGCGAUCUUUGAAUCCUACACGCGAAAGGAGGAUUGGUGGAAGCAGUAUUUGACAUGA